AUCUCUGAAAUAGGCCUCCGGUUCCAUGUGACCUGUGUAGGUUAAGCGGCAGAGAAACUGUAUGGACAAGCCACUUCACAGGAGGUCAGAGAUGCAUUUUAUUCAGACUAAUUUAAACGAGUCCUUCUCUAAGCGCAAAUGAAUGACUCUUCUGGAUCAGGCCGGAAAGACUUCCACAGUGACAGUCUUCAUGACAUAUUUUCAUAUGACAUAUCAUAUUUUCCCGUAUGAGCACAUCCUGUACUUUUUAUUGCUUACUUAUCAUACUGUACUGAGACCAAUAGAAUAAUAUGCAAAGUCAUUGGAUAGCAAUUGACUUUAUGUAGUCAUCGUGGCAUGCCUAGACAUGUCCUCUCACUAAAUACAAUAGAAAGUCUGGCUUGCGGGGAUUUAUGAAAAGUGUUUGGCAACCAUUUGGCUGCUUCACUUAGAAAUCAAACACCGAUCUGUGUACGUCGGAGAAAACGCUUCCUCCAGAAAAUGCCUAUGUGACGUAAUAAGAAGCUGGCUAAAGACUUACUAAAUCCGACUCUGGACUUUGAGAGAAGGCAACAUAAGAAGAAGAGACUGGUCCAGAGUCCAAACUCUUACUUUAUGGAUGUGAAAUGCCCAGGUUGCUAUAAAAUCACAACAGUGUUCAGCCAUGCUCAGACAGUAGUGUUGUGUGUUGGCUGUUCCACAGUGCUCUGCCAGCCCACAGGAGGAAAGGCUAGGCUAACCGAGGGUUGUUCUUUCAGAAGAAAGCACUGACGAGAAUAAUUAAAUUGGAUCUUUUGAAUAAAAAGUACAUUAUCUUUUCAUUGAUUGCAAUGAGUGAAAUUUCACUGCAGUGAUAAUUAUGUGGAAGAUUAUUUCUACUGUAUCAUGUUUCUGAAUAAAGUCUGAGCAGUGCA